CCUCCUUGAAGCUGGUGGCCUGGUGCUACUCUGCUAACCGCUAGCUCUUCACACCCUGCAGGCCGGUCUUCGAAGAGCCUGAUCGCACAAUCUUUAAGCUGCAAUUCAAUAGCCCCGUGAUCAUCUCCUGUAAUCCAGACCGCGUCAAACUUUUGGCCAAAGAAAAAGUAGAAGUCAUAGUAGUUUGAAAAUAAAACAAUUUGCAAGAAACUGUAACACUACUAGUCGUUGCAUUGCUGUUGCCUCGUACACAAAGCAAAGCCAAGGAGCAUAUCGCCAUAAAAUCGAAACUCAUGGGGCAAGGUGCAACAAAAACCUCCCCCGCCGGCUCCCAUAUAUUGCCGGUCUUCCAAUCCUCCGCUCCCCGCAGCCGUAGCGCGCCGCCUACCACGUCUAUUUCCCCAGUUUCCCAACCAAAAUCCAAUCUUUACCAGCCAAACCAAACCCCGCGAAGGCAAGGGCAAAGCCACCAAUGGCCAUCGAGACGGACGCAGUGGCGGCGGCGAGGGAGGGUUCGGAGACGGCGCCCAUGUCCCCGGAGGCCGAGGCGGCGAUCGAGGCGGCAGCGGGGCCGGCGCGGCCGCGCGGGUGGCUGCGACGGCUCAUCCCGCUGGAGUACCUGACCCGGAGCCGGCGGUGGAGGCUCGGCGGCGCUGUGGGCAGGGGAGGCGCGUCGAGGCUGGCGUCGUCGCUGUCGCGGUCGCUGCGGUGGAAGCGGCUCCCGGGGUUCUCCGCCCUUAGCCUGCGGAGCGGCUCGGCGUCAGCGGUGCUCGACGCGGUCGCGUUCCGCAUCAUGUACGUUGUGGAGGCCGUGGUGCUCGGCCUCGCGCUCUCUUGCUUCUUCCUCUGCUGCGGUUGCCACCUCUGAGCUAUUCCUUCGCCCUUCGCCAAUCGCCACUAUUGGGGGUGUAACAAAUGCCAUCUUUUUCUUGCUUCUUCGGUUCUUCUAUUGAUGAUGUUGCUGUAAAUUUUCUACCUUUCGGUACAAAGAUGUAAAUUGUGGCUUUCAAAAAAAAGAUGGAAAUUUGCAAUCUUUGUUUGGAGUUAAUUAUAUUAAUUUGCGAGUC